UGGGGUGCCCUGAACAUAAAGCUUACUCCUGAACCUACGCACCAGUCCACCACACUGUCAUGCUGUACCGUAGUAGCUGACCGGCACAUGCACACCGUUCUGACGGUAGUAGCCAGCUCUGGGCUUUUGCUUUGCCUGAUCAGACCUCCAGGAUGCAGCAGGCUGAGGCAGGAGGAGCGGACCAGGUGAGAGGGAAGGAGGAGGAGGAGGAGGAGCUGAUGUCCGCCACAUGGGACUGCGGGAGCCCGCUCUACGACUCCUUCGAGCUCGCGUCGCUGCACCACGUCCUGGAGAACCACAUGAUGGUCCUGCCGUUCCCCGGCGCGGCGUCGCGACCGCGGCGUUUGGAUCAUCGGGGCGCAGCCGCGCCCGAUGUGACCGGCCGCGGCGUGGCGCGGAGGAGGACGGGGUGGAGGGGCAGCAAGGCUGCGGCGGCGAUAUUCAGGACUGUUACAUGUUGGAAGAGUUUGUAGGGUGACUCUGUACAGGUACGUGUAUACACAGUUGCCCUUCUGGAAGGUACGACCUAUUAAUCGGUUGAAUCGCCUGUUUGUUUGGGGCGUGGCACGAAGGAAUGUAAUUCCGCUUGUUCUGCACAGGCUUAUCUUGAUUAUUCAUCUUUUCUAUUUAAUAUUUAUUUAUCUAUUAACUCUCUUAUAUGUUUUAAGAAUUUUUUACCUACCUAUCUAACAUGAAUCUCAACGAAAACAAAAAGUGCUGAUAAAUUAUGUGUUUCCUAGUGAAACUUUCAUUUCGGUAUGGUAUGUUGCGUCCUCAAGAUCUCACACAAGUCCCUUCACAAACCCUUUCGGUUCGAUCUUGCACGCUAUACUCAUGUCGCGGAAAACUGACGGCCGUUCACCGCUCUUCUCUGAUUUGUAUCAGACACGCCUUUCCUUGAAACUAGCACCAGUCCCUUGGGCUCGAGGCCAGGUGUGCCUGCGCUUCUGAAGGAUCCGCCAGCCUGCCAGGUCUAGUACGAGGCCAUGGCCAAGGGCCUUGCUGCCUCCAGAAAGGCGCGCGCGCGACUCGACUCGCGACGUUUAGCCGCGGUUAAACCACUCGUCUGCCCACCGGCAAUGCACUGUCCAGGCGUCCACCGGUCCACGCCGCGCGAGCAUCAGGCCAGAGUCAUCCGGCCUCGUGCCGACCGUGCUUCCGCCUGUGAGCCGUGGCCUCAAAGCGUCGGAUCGCUCGCUCGCUUUGCGGCCCAUCGUAUAUCUACACGCCUAGCCAUCUAAUUGUAUGCGCCAGCUAUGGUGAGUCCUCGGGUGAUUUUGAUAAAUUUCUUGUAUGCAUAGGGGACAUGAUAGGA